CAGGCAGGUCAACUUAAGCUCACCCGAACCCCGUCGACAUCGAUGUUUCAUUGUCGCAGAAGAGAGAGUCAUCGUUGCCCCGACAACAUCUCACGCCAAAUACCUUCCCUCACCUUAGCUACGGAUGGAUGGCUCAAGUAUAACUUCAUCGCCGUCAAUCGGAACCCCCCUCUGUCAAAGUGUCACAAAAAGACUGAGUCUUUCCCUUUCAUUCAUAAGUAGAUGCAUCAUCGUCAUCUAUUCAUACAUCCAUAGCCAAGCGAAUCCACUAGACCUUCACCGCAUGUUCCCCAGGCACCGCAUCAAUCUUCACCCUGUUCCCACUGCCCACUGCCCACCGCCACCACCAUUUCCCGUCUCCACUGCUUGAUCGACGACGUGCUCGCCGCACGCCAGCUCUCCAUCAUGCAUCGCAGACAGAGCACUGAGAAGACGAGGAAGGUGACUCCUCCAUCGCCAAGCUACAUGAAUAACGAACAAUUCGCCGCCUACUUGGCAAACCUCCGAUCCAACAGAGUCGCCCGCCCCGGCGGAGCAAGGCCUCUGCCGCCUUCCUCUGCAAGCAUACGAUCAAAACGCCCUUCAAUCGAACACAGCGUUUCCGAGCCCCUUCCUCGAAGCGAAAGUCCUGCACUCUCCACUCCAGGUUCUAUCGAUGUAUCACAACCGCAUCCCUCUUCUAUGAACGCCAGCGUAUCAUCCCGUCAUUCAAUUCCGAGCACUCAAGGACGAGAGUAUCAACCUUACCGCCCAACAUCACCUCUGAAGCCCUCUCAGGUUGUGCCCACUGCUACCUAUAUGGAAAGAGGACAGCGAUGGAUGGAAAAGGAAGAGGCCGUGUCACUUCGACAUGCCAUGGAAGACAUGUCCAUUAAGAACGGCGAACAACACGUCGAGGAUGAAGCCGCGGAGACGCCAGACGACGAAACACGUAUCUAUAAUGCUGCGCUCGACGAGGCCUCAGAACUGGUCUGGCGGCAUCAGAAUGGAGUUCGCCCUCCUGACAAGGACGCCCCGUAUCGGUACAAGCCUCACCUCAGAAAGAACAGCUAUGCUCAUGCUCGCACCGCGAGCGUGGGCAAACAUGCUGACGGCGCUCAUCCAUCCGGCCUCGCUAGGGACAAGUCCAGGUCGGUUUCUGGCAGCUCUACCGACAGCGAUGGUCACUCUCGGCGAAGUCGGCCCUCCUUGGCUUUGUCACGGAAUAGCGUUGGGGGGGAGAGUCAGAGUCCCGAGCGGCCUUCAAUGGACUUGGGAACUUCAGGGCCAACCGGUGCCCGACCCCUUCCGAAAUCCAGAGGCUCGGGUCAGCGUCGCAGCAGUAUGAAGCGGAACAUCAGCGGCGAAGUUCAAAGGCCAUUUUCCGGUGACCAGAUCUGGGAAGAGCCAGAAGCCAAUGCCCGGGAAGACAAGGUCAAGACGAAGUCAGCGUCGGCAGCAGACUUAUCUUUGGUGGACAAACCAGAAAACCCCCAGAAUCAAGUCCGAUUUGCUACAAACUCACAGGCGACCCGCGUUGGACCCUGGAAACCCAGGUGCAAUGUAGAGAUUCAACGGAACCCACCGUCUCAGUCGCGCAACCCACAGUACACCACCAACACGUCGGCUCCGAAGCUUGUGGUGGACGACCUGGUACCCAAGAAGAACGGCAUAGAGAUACGCAGUGAAGAUAUCCGAGGGGCCACAAGUAUGAAGCUGAAGGACCGCAGCGCGAAGUUGCCUACGCCCACGGCUGUCAGUGAUCGCCCUGGUCGGCCGAUUGUAAGCUUCGACUCGAAGUGGAAGGCUCCAGACGAGAGAACUGAUGCUAGGCCAGGAGCCGCGAGCCAAAACAGCCAGCCGAUGGAGAUUCCUUCUAUCGUGGUGGCGCCGGAGGAGCCUCCGUCGGACAGAGCACGCAGCAACCCGAUCGUUCCGGUCAUAAAUAUUGACGGGGUGGAUGAGCCAGCUGGUUCUAGUCCCGGCAUACCUUGCAUAGUCACCCCCGACGACGAUGAAUCUUCGAAUCCGAGGCCGCGACCCUUGCCUGACCCCAAGACAGCAUCCAGAGCCCACCCUUUCCGGCGCCCGCAACGUCACUGGUCGCCAGCCCCUGGCGCGGGCAAACACUCAACCGCUUUGUGUCACGAAUGCGCAUUCCCCAUUGAAGGUAGAUUCGUCGCUCUGGGCGGAUCGUCAGAGCGCUUCCAUCCCCAGUGCUUUAGCUGCUUUGCUUGUGGUACUGGUCUCGAAGCCUUGGAGAUUAGCCCAGAGCCAGAGGCUCACCGCCAAGAGCGCCUUGACAGAAUCCAACGUCGCGCCCAUGGCGAGGUAUUGGAAGAAACGCCAGGCAAGACCAUGGCCGAAGACGGCGACGAGCGCUUACGUUUCUUCUGCCAUCUUGAUUGGCACGAACUUUACGCACCGAGAUGCAAACACUGCAAGACACCCAUUCUCGGGGAGCACGUUGUCGCCUUAGGAGAACAUUGGCACUACGGACACUUCUUUUGCGCGGAAUGCGGCGAUCCAUUCGAGAAAGGCAUGACUCAUAUCGAAAAGGACGGGUAUGCGUGGUGUGUCAACUGCCAGACAAAGAGGACAGAGAGAAGGGCGCCCAAGUGCAAGAAGUGCAAGACUGCUGUCAUCGGACAAUACAUCCGAGCGCUGGGCGGUGAGUGGCAUGAUGAGUGUUUCCGCUGUGCUUCCUGCCAGGGCGGUUUCGACGACGGCCAAAUCUUUCCUAAAGAGGUUGGUGACAGGGUGAUGGUGCUAUGCACAGGAUGUCGCAUGAUAGAACUAAAGGCAUAACGAUGUCGACGAGCAGACUGUUGAGUUGGGCGUUAUUUUGAGUUGUCUAGGAUAGGAGUUAGGACCAUGGAAUAGGGGAAGCGAUUGCGCUUUUGUUGUCGGUUAGCAUUCGGUUUUGUUUUCAGCUUGAGUAAUGGGCAUAGCGUUUGGCUGGAUAAGGUACUCUAGGGGAAGAGGUGAAAAAAUUAAGUGGUUA